CUAGCGGACAGCAGCUCACUUAUGCGUUUUCACAGGAAAGGGCGAGAGACCUAGACUCACUUCUGACUGUAGCCCCCCGGGGGAGCGGAUGAAGAAGCAAAUUUUGCUACAUUUCACAUACAGAGGACUUGUAAGUAAAGGAAAGAAAAGUAAACGAAGAAAAUGGCCAAUUUCAUUUUACGGAAAGCGGAACCCAAAGACGUGUCUGACAUAUUGCGACUCAUAAAGGAACUGGCCAAGUACGAGGAAAUGGAAGAACAAGUCAUUUUAACUGAAAAUGAUUUGCUGGAGGAUGGUUUCGGGGAUCACCCUUUCUAUCACUGCAUCGUUGCUGAAGUGCCUAAGGAGAAAGGCACGAACGGCUUCACAGUGAUUGGCUUUGCCAUGUAUUAUUUCACCUAUGACCCCUGGAUUGGGAAGCUGCUCUACCUGGAAGAUUUCUAUGUCAUGAAGGAGUACAGAGGUUUUGGAAUCGGGUCACAAAUCCUGAAGGAGCUCAGCCAUACAGCGGUGAAGACUCGCUGCAGCAGUAUGCACUUCAUCGUGGCGGAGUGGAACAAACCGUCCAUCGAGUUCUACAAGCGGCGUGGAGCCUCAGACCUCUCGCUCGAGGAGGGCUGGCGACUGUUUAAGAUCGACAAGCAGAGUCUCAUGAAAAUGAUGGCUGAAGAGUGAAAAUUGAAAUAAUUUAGAAAUUUGUUUGGUUCAUUGUAAUUCUAUGUGUAUACAGUGUAAUGAGAUUUGUGAAGCCUAUAAAGUAAAAUCAAAAACAAAGCCAAAAAAAAAAAAUAGCAGGAAAGUAAUUUUUUGGAAUAAAAAUUCACAGAAGCACAUAGUCAGACUACGGAUAACUGCUGGAUAAUGUUCAAACUGUUCUGCACUAUUCAUAGCUAUUUGUUACUGUGUAGUUGUAUUAAUAAUUAUAAAGAUUUUUGACUCUUGUACUAAUUUAUAUUGCUAAAAUGUUACAUACUUCUAAUUUGGCAAAGAACUACGUAAAUAUACAAUGUAAAUGUGUUUCUUUUUGUCGUGUCUUACAAAGUAAAUAAAAACGUGACCAGUACAGGAA